UGGACGGCUGGCGUGCGGUGAGCGGCCGUGUGUGUGUGUGUGUAUGUGUGUGUGUGUGUGUGUGUGUGGGGCUCAGUGUCCCUUGAUGCGUGAGUGUGUGCGGUGGGUUGCGUGUGUUCUCCUGCCAGGCCCAGAUUAGGUUUCCGCACACGAGAGAAGGCUGCGCAGCGCAGGCUGUCCUACCCGGCCUGUCCCCCGCGCCUAGGCCUACGUAGGACGAGAUGCGGCCUGCGGAAACCUAGCUGGCCAACCCCCAACACACACGUCUGACCUGCCACGCACACAAGCCACGGUGUGUGGGGCAAGAUGGAGGCAGCAGGUGUGGAUGCCUUCUUGAUUAGGGGUCACGUGGGGUCACCGUGGGCGCCCCUCAGUGGUGGUGGUGGUGGCAGUGGUGGCAGCGGGGCUCUCUCCUCCCCCUCCCGGUGCACUGAGCCGCCCCCUUAUCUGGAUUUUGAUGCUCUACAGGUGGCGUUGACGCGGCUGGAUCACUCCCCGCAGAAGGGCAAAGGGUGUGUGGGACGCAGUGGUGCGCUCAGCCACCGCCGCCCGCCGUCCCGGGGAUCCCGGCGCUCCUCGGCAGACAGCCUCCACCUCCUGCAGGACCAGCAUGCCCUUAACGACAACGACGAUGACGACCCCGACCUCCAGCCUGCGCCGCGUGUGGUAAACAUCGAGGUGAAGCUCGAGGCGCCCCAAAGGGAGCAACCCGCGCGUCCCAGGACAUUUGAGGGUAGGGAGCGAGAGUGCGGCGUCUCGCAAGACGCCCCGCGCCAACACGACAAGCGGCAGGAGCUACGGCGCCGCCUGCUGGAGGGAUGCUCCCGCAGGACGCCCAGUGGUGGCUCUAACCCGCACUUGAGCAGCGCCACCUGUGAGGCUGAAGAGACCUUCAGAAGGAUCAAGCAGGAGGUGGCGCGCUUGGCCGCCAAGAGGAGGUCCUCCACUGACCUCAGCGACUCCAGACCGCCCAGCGAGCUUCUGUGGAGCUGUGACGACUCCCUGGGCUCCGUGGGAGACUCUGCCAGCGUGGUGGUGGGGCGCGGCUGCGGAGAGGAGCAGCGGUCUUCCUCAGAGGCUGACGUGGUGAUCAGUGACAGGGAGAGUGUGGCAGACUCUGGCCUGGUGAGCCGUCGAACCGUCAUCACCAUCAGCUCCAAGAGGAGCAAGUCUGCCAGCAGUCUCGCCAGCUCCCAAGACGCGGCGCCGCUGUGGCUGCGGGAUCAGCAGACACGGCGCUCACUGCGGGGAUGUCAGCCCCUGGAGGAGGGUAUCAGUGUUUCCAUCGUGAGCCGCGACGCCACGUCGCGCAUGUACGUUCGCCAAAGUGACGCCGAAGACAGGCCGUCACGUGCCAGUGCCUUCAACGUGCGGCGCACCAUCGAGAAACGGCAGAUCCAGCAGGAACGACGUGAGCGGCGCGCGCUGCGGGAGAGGAUCAGGGAGCAGCUCAGGAGUCUGUCUGAGGGACGCCCUCGCAGGGACUCUUCAGGGUCACAAGGAUCCUCGCUGCUGCUGAGCGAGUCCUCGGCGCGCUCCAAGUCUAUGAGCUCUCUGGACCAGGACCACGAGGACGAGCGCAGUGAGUCGGCGCUGGUCAAGGUGCAAUCCAGCCCCACGCUAGAGCGCGAGAAGCAGGCAGUGCUCACCUACCUGUACGGCGCAUCCAACCUAGCGGAGGAAGAGCGCCUCUCCCCUGCCCCACCCCCCAGGGCCUGUUCAGAGCGGCGAGAAGCCCCAGAAGGAGAGUGUAGUGACCCCUGGCAGUGGUCCCGCUCCUGGGACUCACUCCGGCCUGGCCGCGAGGAGCUGCCCCACAGAGCCUCUGCCACUCAGUCUGCUGACUCCGUGAAGUCUUUCGAAUCCAGCAGCCGCGGGGCUCGCCACGUCCCUGACGCCGAGCGGCACACCGCGACACACGCCGCGCGGAUCAUCCAUCAUCCCCAUCCCCAGGAGUCACACUGUGAACUGUCGAGUAAUUGCGAACCGAACAAACCCUCGGUGGACCCCAGUGAACGGCGGGAACCUCCUCAGGGCAGAGAAGACCCGCCCCCCGGCCCCCAGCCUGUGCCUCCCCCGCGGAGGAGCAAACUGAGCCUGUCUACAGGCCACAUCAAGCUGGCGGAGGAGGAGCAGCCUCACUGGGUGCGGCUGGCCAAGGAGCGGCGCAGCCUGCGGGCGGCCCGCCAAGUGGAGCAGCUGUCAGACCGCGCUUCCACUGCUAGCAGGGAGCCGGAGUGGGUGGCGCGCGCCCGUAAGAAACUAGAGUCUCUGAACGUGACGCUCACCGCUACCACGGACGUCAGUUGCGCCAGCUCCUGCGUCACUGAGUCAUCGUCGGCGUGGAGUCGUGGCGGACUGGACGCCCUUGACGACUUGCGGGAGGAGGCGUCACGUAUCGGGCAGGAUCUGGCAGAGGAAGCGGCGGCGCGCGUCACUAAGGAACUCAGCGUAACCCGUGACUCUUCCAGGAUGCUUGAGGCACCAACAGACCCCACCCCCAGGGAAGCGUCCCUGGAGAGACCUAAAGUGUCUUUCGAUGCCAGUGCCACCGAGGCCUCCGAUGGGGACUCCACCACGUGCCGCAAGCUGCGCAGCCGCCGCCCUCAGAGAGAGGAGGUGCGCUUCGGUGACCUGAAGCACGACUGGGGAGGCGCGCAGACCAAGGCCUCCAAGACCGUCAAUGGUAAGCAGAAAGAGAUGCGCUUUGGCGAGAUUCAGGUGGAGGUGGAGGCCAGGGAGCCCCGUUGCGCCGCCCUUAGGCCCCACGCUGCCAGCCAGGCCACUCACGAGCCAGAUGCUGAAGACAGGCGGCCUGUGAUGCGCUUCGGCGACACGCCGCUUAACCUAUUCCCUACCGCGGCUCCCCGUGGUCCCCAGAGCUCCUCCAAGUUCGAGUCUGUGGCGGGCCCAGACCCCACCAAGAUGACCGCCGAGCAGCUCAACCAGAACGUGGAGGAAUACGACUUCCCCAUCCCCACGGGCCGCGAGGACGCCUCUGAGCUACUGCGCUUCCUGGAAGAGAGCCUCAAGAAGGCCGAGGAGGUGCCUGAGGUGGUGUGCACUGAGGACUCGCGGCCCAGGCCCAAGAGCAUCCUGAAGCGACGGUCUGUGGAGAGUGUGGUGCAGGAGCUGCGGCGUGAGGCCUCGGGCGAGGGCCACCCUAAGGUACUGCACCACCGGAAGACUGCUUCGUUUGACUGGGACUGUGUAGGUAAGGGAGGCGAUCCCCUGGCCACUGUCCCUGCUGCCCCAGCUACUGCCCCAGCCCCAGCCCCCGCCCCCACCACCGCCACUACCACCUUCACCACCACAUUCACCACCACCCUGGCUGCCCCAGCCACACCCUCCCCCACCCUCCACACUGUCCCCACCACUAACGGACACUUCUUUAACGUGAAGCUGCGCCACGUGCCCGGCGCCAGGGAGCAGCAGCAGCAACAACAACAACAGCAUCACUCAUCCACUAACAACGACCCACGACGCUUCCCCUUGGAACACUCGCCACACAGACGACCCUCCACACAGGAACACAGCGCCCCCCUCCCGGGUCUGGUGAGGGCGAGGGAGAGGAAGAGCGUGGACGAGCACGGCCUGAGAGAGUCGGAGGCGGAGGCGGAGCGACCCGGCGUGAGGGAGCUGCUGCCGCCACCAGCCUGGGCCACCUGCAGGGCUGGCAGGGGCCUCACCUCCUCAGGGGCGACCCCCGGGCCCCUGCCAGCCGUGCAGGGGCAGCUCAGCAUCCCCCAGGACACUCCGCCGCCCUCGCCAACGUCUCUCUCACGCCCGCGCCCCAGCCACCGCGCCUCCACUUCCCCGGGGCAGGAGCUUCCAUCCACUGGUCUCCCUGACCGUGCUACCCUUGGUCCUGACUCCGAGGUGACCCCCGCCUCAGGUCCUACCACCCCCCCUCACCCUACCGGUGGAGCAGUCCAAGGGUCGGCGGGGGACGAGGGAGAGGCGCUAACACCCACACACAAGUCCACACAAUCCACACACUGUGCUUACAGCGCCGCUUUCCACCCACACCCCCAGACCGCCCCGCCCGUCCCGCUCGCCGCAGAGGAAGCCCACAGCCCCAUCCUUGCCGCCUCGCCUGAGCACAGCCCCACCCCCGCCCCUCCCUCCAAAGCCACCAGGGUACUGCAGGAGCAUGUCCUUUCCUCCCACGAGCAGCGAGGCACCGCCCCGCCUCCCGUCGCCUCUGGCAUCCAGGUGUUCAGCUCCCAGGGUGAGGCAGCACUCUGCAGCCCCGCGGACCAGUGUUCACGGGAGCCCCGGGAAGACCCCGUGACCCGCCCACCCCGCAAGAAAGAGGAGGAGGAGGACCACCACAGGACAAGGCGCGGCGUCCCCAAUACUGCCACCUCCUCCACCAUCUCUCCUGGAGACCGACGGACACGGGAGGCGCCCCAUGGUGUUGCAGGUGAUGCGCGGAGUUCCACCAGGCACACCGCCGACCCCCUGCCAGGGCGAGUUUCGCGGGGCGGUGGCGAGGAGGGUUCCCGUGGCCAUGCGUCACCCGUCAAGCCGUCCCGCGGGCGGCCGCCCGGAGAGAGCCCCGUGCCGCGUCUUGUGCAGGUAGAGGUGGUGGACGAGGAGGUGCGCCGGGCGGCGCCCAGGAAGCGAGAAGAAAGGCGUGGUGGCAGCGGCCUGCUAGAGUGGGAGGCGCGGCAACGGCAGCGCCUGGAGGAGGAGGAGCGGAACCGCCUGAAUAUCGGGCUGUCACUACGCCCCGUGUCGUGCCGCAUCAAGGAACUUGUCAAAAUGCACGGCGCCUUCAUGUCACGCUUCACGCGGGACAAGAAGACAGACAUCAACGGCACUGUGGACGGUGCUGACGAUAUUUUCUUCCAGAAGAUCCCGCAGGACCCCUCCAAAGACACCCCCGCUGCCCAGGGAUCCACGCCCACCAUGCGCUCUCCCUUCAUGGUGAAGAAGGUGCAGACUCCUGCCCAGGACACUGAGCCACUCCGACCCACCCGUAGGGACCACCCUAGGCGCCGUUCACCCGCCCGCAGGCCGAGCCCUGCCACGCAGAGAACCGCCUCUUCCGCGCGAGUCACUAGCCCUGCCACACGCAAGACCAGCCCCGCGCCACAUAGGAAGAGCUCCGCCCAACGGGGCACAAGCCCAUCCACUCGGAGGACAAGUCCUGGUCCACGCAGGAGAAGUCCUGCCCCACGGGGCACCAGCCCCGCCACACGCAGAAGCCCCUCCCGACGGGGAAGAAGUCCAUCCACACGCAGAAGUCCUGCCCCACGUGGCACCAGCCCCGCCACACGCAGGACCAGCCCCAGCCCGCGCAGGGCGCCUCCUCCACCAUCAGAUCCACCUCCUCCUCACGCAGAUCUCCUUCGGCACUUAGGGGUUCCGCUGAAGGUCGCCGGGUUGCGGCAACCCACAGAGCACUCAUGGAGAGCAGUGCAGCCCUUCCCCAGCAGGGAGGCUACAGACUCCCUUCCCCGCAGAACACGCUCGUCACUCUCACCUGCUGCGCGGCGCCACCAGGUCGCCUCGCCAGACCGGAGGAGUUCAGGCUGCAGGGGUAAGGAGGGCAUGCCCCGAGCCUCACAGAUCGUGGCGGAGGUGCGACGCGUUGUGCAAUCCUCGCUGCAGCCACAGGACUUCCAGAGCUCCCUCGCCUCCAGCAGCAAGUCAGCAGCCUCCACCUCACCCAGCGCUACCGCGUCCCGCCCCGAGGUGCAGGACCCAGCAAGACAGUCCCGAAGCCUGCAUUCCCCGAGCCCAGAGCGGGGCAGCGUGAAGGAUCCCAAGGCUCGCCAGGAGUGGCUCACCAAGAUGCUCACUGCACUCACUCAGGAGGGAACCCCGCCGCGCCCCACCUCUCCUUCUGCCUCUGUCUCUCCCACUGAUGUGUCCCCGAGCCCAACCUCCCCCACCCACACUUCUCGCAGUACCAUCCCCCUCACCCCUGCCUCUUCCACUCACGCCGCUCCCAGCCAGGACUCCCCCAGCCGACACCACACAGACUCAACACACAGCUUGGCCAGAGCACCGCACGCCACCAACGCCCACACUGUGCCAGACCACUCCCUGGGAGCACCAGCAACAGCAGGUGCCCUGGAAGGAGCGACGCCCGUGCCUCCUGCCAGGAAGUCAGCGUUAUCAUCCCUGAGAACCCCUUCAGUCCCCGCCAACUCCAUCAGCCACGCCACCGCCUCCCCAGUCUUCUCGCCCCUAAAGACUGUGUCUUCUAGCCUCACAGUGACGCUCACUCCCACCACCUCGCCGUUAUCCCCUCACACCAAAAACUUCGCUUGCACGCCCUCGACCGCAUCCUCACCCGCCGCACCAGGCGAGGACAGCCUCAGGACGCCGGUGAAGAGGUCGCCAUCACAGGAAAGUCUGGAGCAUAGCCGCCGCGGUCCCGUCAGCCUGUCGUCCAUCCUCAGCGAUUCCUCCAGGUCCUCCUCCCGCUGCUCGUCGCCUCACGCCUCGCCGCGCCCCUCACCGGAACGCAUCCUGAAACGAGACUCCUUUGACCUCGUGGGCAGGCUGGGCGUCAUCCAGGAAGGUGGCAGCCAGGUGGAGUGGCGCGCCCGGGUAUCACAGGGGGACCAGAAGGAAAAUAUUGCCCCUCUCCCAAAGGAUGAGAGUGGAGAGGACACUACCACGAGCCUCUCCGCGCCCUUCAGGUCCUCCUUCAGGCUUCGGGAGAGGAGUGAGGAGCGUAGAAAGGGCGGCAGGAAGUGGAGCGAGGAUUACAGCGCCCGUGACUCAGCCCUCAGCUGGCGCCCCGCCCUCACUGCCCCGGCCAUCACCCUGCGCGCCCUGGCGGACGCAGCCCCUAGGAAGCCCGCUGAUGCCACCUGGCCACCUGCCCGGACCGAGGCGCCUGCUAAGGCCCACACUGCAGUACAGUCCCCUGCCCUGACCAGAUACUGCCGUGGCAGGGCAUCCCUGCGUUCCCAAGUCCUGGGCGGUGAGUGUGAUGAGAAAAAGCCCUUACUGUCCCCAGAACCUGACAGCGGCCUGGGCACUUCCGUGCAACGCCCUGUCUCCCUCAGCGCCAUCCUGUCUCGUGUCGAAGCAGUGGUGGGCCCACCCAGCCAGGACUCACCCACCUACAAGUUCUCUUCCAAACUCUCGCUUUCUGAGGAAGUGGCGCCCGUGAACAGCAGACACCUGCAAAAGGAGGACACGCCACUCAUCCCCAAGGAGGUUGAUAAUUCCACGACCGCCCCGCCUCCCGCCAUCACUGAGAGGGAGACACCCGCCAUCCCCUCCAAGCCUAAGCCCCGCAUGAAGCAAACGUUGCCCGCCAAGACACCCGCUGGUCCGCGGCGGUCAAAAGAGGGCUCCCCAGCGCCCAGCACCGCACCGCGCCCUGCCUCCUCCGCCGCCAGGAACAAAGUGGUUCGCCGCAACUCUAGUCUGAAGAAAAACCGCCCCGAGGACUCACGGGGCUCGAUCAAAGCCAGGAAGGAACGAAAAAAUUCUGAGGAGGAUGCCCACGAGACUGUGGUGGAGGCCGCCGGUGGCACCACCCACACCCGCACCACCGUGAAGCGAUCCCGCCUGCCCGCUGCCGAAAAGGCCCGCCCUGUGUCUCGCUCUGGCAGUGGUCGCGUGAAGCGGGAACGCAGCUUUCGAAGCAGCGCCUCGCGGGCCCUGGAGGAUUGGGCCGCAUCCACCUCCGUCAAGGGACAUCUUGUUAAGAAGGAAGGGCAGCGGUUCAGCCACGAGACGGAGGAGGAGGAACGAGGCGGGCGCCGGGCCCGCAGUGUGGCUCGGCGCGUUGUACGACGCGGCUCACGCACGUUGUCUGGCGGCGGCGAGCUGCUCACUGAGACCAAAGAGACAUCCUCUUCAGGGGUCGCCAAGGACGGCCAGCAGCAGGCACCUACCACGCAGGAGCACGCCAGGAAAACGAGCUACACAGCGCGGAAGAAAACGAUGCCAGAAAAUGGAGAAGUUGAAGGAGGGACUGUGGUGGAGGCGACGCAGGGUGGCAGGGAAGUGUCACGCAAAAUGAAGACUUCCACAGACGGCGAACGAUACUUCACCCACUCCAUCACGGACAAGCACGGCGCUAAGACAUUCACCACGGAGGGCGUCAACAACAAGACCACCAGCUCCGUGGAGGUCAUCGGAGCCAAGGACUUCGAUGCUCGUCGCGCUGUUAAGGGGACCACUGGAGAGCGAGUGGUGGUGGAAAGGACAAAAGACCCCCUGGGAAGACCCUCCACUGUGGUCAAGAAGAUCACCUCGCAGUCUAGGCUUGUCAUAACAAAGACGAAGAGAAAGACUCCUGUAGUGGUGUAGCUGGAAGGCAUCCCUGCCUGGACACUACUUGGUGCUGGAAAAUCACAGUUGGUUCGUCCUUGAAGAUGUGUCUGGAAACUGGACCGCAAUGGAGGCAAGGAAGGGCAUGAGAGUCUGGUGGAGUGUGGAGGUGCCCCUGGAAACAAAACCGGUC